GAGUGAGACCCCGCAGCCUGCGCAGCCUCCAGCCCACAGCGGACACACCAUGCGGGGGGCUCGGGCUCCUCUCUGCCCCGGACUCUGUUGCCUGCUCGGCCCGGCGCUCAGCCUUCUGCUCUGCAUCACAGGAGUGCCGGUGCGCAGCGGGGAUGCCGGCUUCUCCAAAGCCAUGGACAACGUCACGGUUCGGCAGGGGGACAGCGCCAUCCUCAGAUGCACAGUGGACAGCAGAGUGACGCGGGUGGCUUGGCUGAACCGCAGCACCAUAUUGUACACCGGCAACGACAAGUGGUCAAUAGACCCUCGCGUGGUGCUUCUGGCCAACACUAAGAGCCAGUACAGCAUCGAGAUCCAGAACGUCAACAUUUACGACGAUGGACCUUAUACCUGCUCUGUGCAGACGGACAAUCAGCCGAAAACAUCCCGCGUACAUCUCAUCGUCCUGGUUCCUCCUAGGAUCUUGAAUAUCUCGUCCGAUGUGACAGUGAAUGAAGGAAGCACAGUCGACCUUCAGUGUUUGGCCAUUGGCAGACCCGAGCCAACGGUGACAUGGAAGCAUUUGUCUGGGAAGUCUCACAGAGUAGUCAGCGAAGACGAAUAUUUGGAAAUCACAAAGAUCACCAAGGAGCAGUCGGGGGAAUAUGAAUGCAGCGCUGCCAACGAUGUAUCGACCCCAGACGUCAGAAGAGUCAAAGUUACCGUCAACUAUCCUCCAUACAUCUCUGACACUAGAAACACCGGAGCUUCUGUAGGACAGAAGGGGACUCUGCGCUGUUCGGCGUUGGCCGUUCCGUUGGCGGAGUUCCAAUGGUACAAAGAAGACACCAGGUUGGCCAACGGGUUGGACGGGGUGCGGAUCGAGAGCAAAGACCACAUGUCCGUCCUGACGUUCUUCAAUGUAUCGGAGAAAGAUUAUGGAAAUUACACCUGUGUCGCCUCAAACAAACUGGGAAACAGUAACGCCAGCGUCAUAUUAUACGGUCCCGGAGCCGUACAUAACAGAAGCAGCUCAGCGUCGGCAGCCUUGGCUGCCACUUGCCUCUGGUGUUAUUCUUUACUCGCUCACCAUGUUUUGAUGAAGCAGAAGACGGUGGUGGCGGUGGUGGGUGAUGCUCAAUAAUGCUUGGAUGCAACGGAUUCUCCAUCUCCCCACCUCUGCCGGAACGACUUCACAAAAACUGGAGGAGAUGUCUCCUUCCCAUAACCCCGCACUCCCUUGGGCUUUGACGUUCCACUGGAUUCUAACAUUUAUUGGUGAAAACAAGGUCGCCCUGGUUAUCCCUGUUAUCUUCUGUCUGGUUCUCGAAUGCAGAGCCCAGGGGAGCCCUGGGGUUGGUUUCUUGUGUUGGUGUCUUCGUAACUCCCUGUGUGAUGCACUGAAGGUCUUUAUGGAUGCCAGAGGGUAAGGUGGGAGGACGCCUAACUGACCUUUAAACAGGAUUGUGACCGCCAUUGAUGAAAACACUGAACAUUAUUUUAGCCCCUUUUAAUGGCUUCACCUCGUCCGUGGAAGCCAUAAAGGGGGAAAGCACAGUUAACGGCCCGGACGGAGCCGGGAGAUUUUUACAUGAGAAAAGAUAUCUUUGGGAUGUAGUAAAACCUGCCUCAUAAUACAGUCAAUGGAUUCAUGUUCAACCGGUCAAAAAUAAUUUGCAGAUGACCUGCUUAUAGCAAGAGUACUAAUUCCACAGCUUAUCUAUCAGCGUGGUGUCCCUCCGUUCUGUUAAGUAGAUGACCAUGUGACCGAUCUUCAACUCAUUCCUACAAAAGAACAUUGGUCUCCAACUCAC